AUGGCUCCCCCACGAAAGCAGCUUGCCACAAAGGCGGCAAGGAAGUCAGCUCCGGCGACGGGAGGAGUGAAGAAGCCCCACCGUUUCCGUCCCGGCACAGUGGCGCUCCGAGAAAUCAGAAAAUACCAGAAGAGCACUGAGCUUCUAAUCCGAAAGUUGCCUUUUCAGAGGCUUGUUCGUGAGAUUGCUCAGGAUUUCAAGACCGACCUGAGGUUUCAGAGCUCUGCAGUGGCUGCUCUCCAAGAGGCUGCGGAGGCAUACUUGGUGGGGUUGUUCGAGGAUACCAAUCUCUGUGCGAUUCAUGCUAAGAGGGUUACGAUUAUGCCCAAGGAUAUGCAGCUUGCUAGGAGGAUUAGGGGUGAGAGAGCUUGA